AUAGGUUGUACGACUCAUCAUUUUUGCAAAGUCUUUGGAGCGGUCUUGUCCCACGGCGCUAGCCUCGCCGCGGCUUCGACAUGCUACCUCUUAUACAGCGGAUGGGGCCCUUCCUUCCCACAAUUACCAAGGACAUGUGUAAGGUCUCACUGAGAAGCACGAGGGAGAUCCAUGCCAUCGCUAUUACCGGGGCUAUGGUCACCCGGAGAAGGACAAGACCACAACCUUCGCUACCUCCUCUUCCCUUUGCAGUGAGUGGGGCUAGCUGCAGAGGUGCUAUGGCGACAUUACCCGCAGGGCGGGCUGCUUCCACGAACGCCAGCGGCAGUGAAGACAACACUUCGACUAUAAUUCCGCCCAAGAAGGGAGACCUAGUUGUUAAUAAAGCCAUUCAAGCGGGUACCAAUGAUGCGGGCGGACCCGCCUCCUCGAGCAUCCUCUCACGUGACGAGGCGUUGGCCAAGGCUCAGGCGGCGGGCUUGGACUUGGUGUUGGUAACAGCCGCCUCCGACCCCUGGGUGUGCAAACUUGCCGACGCAAAGCGAGAAAAGUAUCAACGAGUGAAAAAAGAGAAGAAAACGAAAAACGUUGGCAGCGUCCUGAAGGAAAUCAGCAUUCGGGGCAAUAUAUCCGACCACGACCUUUUGAUCAAGCUGCGUCGGGUGAUGGGAUUCUUCGAGCACGGCUACUCUGUCCGCAUCAUAAUCGUACCAACAGGCCACCAGUUGUCUCUCCGUCCGGGCCGGCUACAAGAGAUUUACGAUUUCAUCCUGAAAGACUACUUAGUGGAUAAGUAUAAGCUUCGUGGAGAUUAAGCCUUCUCCUGGGUCGCUAAGGAGGGAGAUGAUUGUCCACCCGAAGCGUAAUGCCAGCGGAGGAGGCGGAGGGGGUGGAGGUGCGAGCAAAGGGGCACAAAAAAGGACGGGAAAUCAAAAAAGAGACCGCAAGGUUGAAAUAAACAAGGAAAGUAGGCGUGAAAAUGAAAAUGGCGCGAAAGAUUAAAAUUCUAUGCGAAAGUGAGGAGGAAAAGAAGCAUGAUCUUUUGCUGCAAUAACAACAACCGUCUCGGAAUCUGGAUGGAACUCGUAAACCACGCUAUACUACCUGUCACCUACGUUGCUUCCGCAAAACUGAAUGAACUGCUUCACGUUUUCGUUCCAAGCUACAAGGAGGCCCUGACCCCUCCCUAAACCCUGAAAACCCACUUUGUCGUCAAUAGAAUACUGUUCUCUGCAGCUCGCAGUGCCCUAUAGAGAAGCUAAAGCUUGUCGUCCUUAGGCUCCUGUC